AUGGAAAAAUCAAAUAAUUAUAAAGGUGACUCUAUGGAAUCACCAAAUACUUCAUCAUUAGAUAAGAGCACUGAAUUUUCAGAAGUUGCCUAUGAAACGUCGUCAUCCACUCAACCUAAUGCCUGGACAAAUUUUAAAGACUCAUUCAAAAAGCCAGUAGAACAAGAAAUAACCACAGAUUUGGAAAGCGAUGGAACACGAAAACCUGCUCCAGCGUUGAAACAAACACUUAAAAAGAGACAAUUACAAAUGAUCGCCCUUGGUGGUUGUGUCGGUUCUGGUUUGUUAGUGGCUUCUGGUUUAGCCUUAAGAAAUGGUCCUGCUGCUGUGUUAAUUGCUUGGGCUAUCGUAUCGUCCUUCUUAUAUUGUACAAUGCAAUCAUUAGCUGAAUUAUCAGCUGCUUAUCCUGUUUCAGGGUCUUUUGCUACAUAUUCUAUUAAAUUUAUAGACCCAAGUUGGGGUUUUGCUAUGGGUUGGAACUAUGCCUUAUUCUGGGUUAUUGUCUUGCCAUUGGAAUUGGUUGCUUGUGCAAUGACUAUCAACUACUGGCAAUCAAGUGUUAAUACUGCUGUUUGGAUUGCUAUAUUUUAUGUUGUUAUCUACGGCUUGAACUUAUGCGGUAACAGAGGUUUCGGUGAAACUGAAUUCUAUGCAUCCAUUAUUAAGUUAUUAGGUAUUGUCGGAUUCAAUAUCUUGGCUAUCAUUCUAAUUUGUGGUGGAGGUGAUCAAGGAUAUAUUGGUGUCAAAAACUAUCACCCACCAUUCACUACUGGUUUCAAGGGUGUUGUUUCUGUUUUAUUAACUGCUACUUAUUCCCUUGCCGGUACAGAAUUAGUUGGUUUAACUUCUGCUGAAUCUGAAGGAAACCCAAGAAAAGUUAUGCCAAAGGCCAUCAAACAAGUUGUUUGGAGAAUUAUUAUUUUCUACAUGCUUACUUUAACCUUGAUUGGUUUCCUCGUGCCUGCAGGUUCCCAAGAAUUAAUCGGGGGUAGUGGUGUGUCUGCUUCCCCAUUCGUCAUUGCUAUUAGACAAGGUGGAAUUAAAGUCCUUCCAUCCAUCUUCAAUGUCAUUGUCUUGGUCGCUCUUUUUGCUAUUGGUAACUCUGCCGUCUAUGGUUUCUCAAGAACCAUUUUAGCUUUAGCUGAACAGGACCUUGCUCCUUCCAUAUUUUCCUAUGUUGAUCGUAAUGGUCGUCCUCUUGUCGGAAUUACAGCCUCAGCCAUCAUUGGUCUUUUAUCCUUUGUUUCUGCAUCCAAAUACGCCGAUACCGUUUUUGCCUGGUUAGUUGCCCUUUCUGGUCUUUCUACCUUGUUCACUUGGGGUUCCAUUAAUGCUGCUCAUAUCCGUUUCAGAUGUGCUAUGAAGGCUCAAGAACGUUCACUUGAUGAAUUGCCAUAUCUUUCCAACACUGGUGUUUGGGGUGCAUACUAUGGUUUGAUUGCAAAUAUUGUCGUUUUGGCUUUACAAUUCUGGUUAGCUUUAUUCCCUAUCGGAGCUAAACCAAGUGCUGUUGCAUUCUUCCAAACUUAUCUUGCAUUCUUUAUUGUUGUUUUCUUUUAUGUUGCACAUAAAUUAUGGACCAGAAAUUGGAAAUUAUUUAUCAGAGCUAAAGAUAUCGAUGUUGAUGGAGGAAGGAAAGAAACCGAUAUUGAAUUAUUGAGACAAGAGAUUCAAGAAGAAAAGGAAAACCUUAGAAGACAACCUUUAUAUUAUAGAAUCUACGCUUUCUGGUGUUAA